AUGGAACCGACCAAUUCAAUUGAAUGCGAGCACGUUGAGACCACGGAGCUGGAGAAGACGACCCUUCGGCGGGUCUGCGAUGACAUCUCACUGGACAUUUUUCUCGUGGCCGUAGUGGAGUUGGCUGAGCGCUUCACCUAUCGUUCCAUCACGGCGCCAAUGCGGUGGUGCUACCUGGCGCCAAUUUUCGGGGCUAUUGUUGCAGACAGCUACCUAGGUCGAUUCAAAACCAUUUUCCUAGGGGCGGGACUCUCCGUGUGCGGAGUCUUGGUUCUGUUCGUCACGUCGCUACCUCCAAGUCUUGACCAUGGAAAGGGUUUACCAGGUCUUAUGGUUGCAUUGAUAUUGAUUGGACUGGGAUGCGGUGGUAUCAAAAGCAAUGUCGGCCCUUUGAUUGCUGAACAGUACUCGAUGCGCACAGAACGAGUGAAAACACUGCAUAGUGGAGAGAAGGUCAUUAUCGAUCCCAAUGUAACAGUUCAGACGGUCUACGCGCGAUACUACUGGAUCAUAAAUAUCGGAGCUCUCUCGAUCAUUCCUGCUUCAUGGCUGGAGCUCAAGGUCGACUUCUGGGCAGCCUUUAUGAUGCCACUUUGUCUGUGGCUACUGGCUAUUGUCGCCUUAGUAGCUGGCCGUAAGAAAUAUGUGGUCCAGCAACCGCAUGGCUCUGCCGUGACCAAAGCUGUUUGGGUGUUGUGGAUUAGUCUGAAGAACAAUGGCAACAUGGACGCAGCAAGGCCCUUCGCAAUGGAAGCAAAUGGUGCAGUUGUAUCUUGGGACGACACGUUUGUGGAUGAGUUGAAGCGAGCACUUGUUGCCUGCCGAGUGUUCUUGCUAUACCCUAUUUUCUGGUUAUGCAAUGGCCAGGCCAACAACAACCUCGUCAGCCAGGCAUCGUCCCUCAAGACGUACGGGAUGCCGCACGAUAUGAUGGGACUAUUCAACCCCGUCACCAUUCUGACUGCCGUCCCUCUAUUCGAACGCAUUAUCAACCCUGCCCUCCAACGAUUCCAUAUCCCUUUCAAACCCAUAAGUCGCAUGACUACCGGCUUCGUCGCCAAGGCGUUUGCCAUUGCCAUCGCUGCCGGCAUCCAACAAUUAAUAUAUCGUUCACCACCAUCCCAUGUUAGCAUUCUCCUGCAGAUUCCAGUCUACUCACUCAUUGGUCUCUCCGAAUUCUUCGCCAGUCUGUCAGGGAUGGAAUACGCCUACACCAAAGCCCCGAGGUCAAUGCGGAGCAUCGUCUCCUCUCUCUUUCUUCUUACCUGCACGAUUGGCUCAACAAUGGGAAUUACUCUGUCGCCUGUAUCGGUCGAUCCAAAAGUGCUGGUGGAAUAUGCGUCUCUCAGCGUAACUAUGUUUGCCACAGCUGUCCUGUUCUACUUUUGCUUCCGCAAAUACAACAGGAUGGAGGAAAGCAUGAAUAUGAUCGGAGAAACGAGCAAGGAAGAAUCGAGUGAAUCGUCGGCGGAGGACAUUCGUGAUUUGAGUCGGCUGGAAAAGCAGUGA